UCGUUGAGCAAGACAAGAAAUCGUGUGCAUCUUGUGUAAAGAAAUCAAAUCUAAAAUUGUUAGUCCGUAUAUCCCAGUGUUGUGCCUGCUGUCUGACUAUACAGAACUGUUGCAUUUACAGGAAUCUCGAUAUUAAAAAAAAACAGUUCAAGCUGACGUAUUAAACACAGGCCGAGUGAAUCGUCACAGCUGGUAUAACAGAUAUGCAUAUCGCGUACUGUGACGUUCGCUUAGUUUUGUUUUACGGGUUUUUACUAAAUGGCGCGCUCGUAGGUUACGCUCAAGUUUCACAUGCUGUUCGCAAUGCGGACCCCUCGGCUACAUCGGGGUUGGCUGGAAGCUUAGAUAAAGAAAUGGUGAAAUUGAGAUCUGCGUACGAGAAAUGUAUGGAAGACCUGCGACAACAGGCCGAGGCGAUUCAGAGAUUGCAGAACCUCGUUGAAACACAGGCUGGCACGAUAAGUCAUUUGCAAGGGACCGUCAAUCAACAGCAGAUGAAGAUUGAAAAGAUUGAACUGAUUUUGGAACAUGCGACUCCAACGAACAGCUUCGUGGGAAAACCCACUUCCGUUGCUCAUGGAAGUGUAUGGGGAACAUCGAAUAGUUCAUUACAUCACACACCAGGAGGCGAUACCGUCCUUAGAUCUUGCGAUGAGAUCCGAUUGUCCCGGCAAUCAAUGCAAAGCGGAAUCUACCGGAUAGAUCCUGACGGCCAAGGCGGCGAUGGUCCCAUUCAGGUUUUCUGUAAUAUGCAAAAUGGAGCGACUUUAAUAUCUCACGACGCUGAAAAUGUAAUAGACGUCAAGUCCUGUCCGACUCCCGGAUGUUUCAAACGAACUCUGCAUUACCAAAAUGCUACUGUGAAACAACUGAUUGCCCUGACGGGAAUCUCGGCAACGUGUCAGCAACAAUUCUACUACGAUUCCUGUACGGAAGAAUCAUUGACCAGGAAGCAGACGUACGGCGCUUCAUCGGUUAAUACGUCGUGGUGGAAGAAUCGAGACGGUAUUUUGCGGAACCAUUGGCCGGUUAAAUCUACUAACCACAGCGACGGCAAUUUCGUCACUAAUCGGCAAGAUCUCCCUGUUAUCGAAGUUCAUUUCGGACCAGAAUAUGGUGUCUCUGGAUUAUGUUCCAGCCGGUUCCACAUUGGGAAAUUAAUUUGCCUUGGACGUAGUCAAGACUAUGCGUCGAGUUCCAAAGGUUCGCAUGGAGGAGAAAACAUAACAACCCAUCGUACUGGAUCUAAGGGAGAACCAGAGACAAGCAUACGAACACGGAAUCGAGAAAAACCUCAGACUGGCCCGGUUUCUGGAGGUUACGUUCGUCAACCCAGUUCAGGCUGUAUUUUUGACUUGCACUCGAGUUCACCGCAGUAUCCACCCCAUUUAAUCGACGAGAAUAACAACAUCAUUCAACCUGUAUUGCAAGGAAAAUCGCGAAUCAUUUCGUUGAACGUCGAUGAGCAAGUCACGGUGGGUUGCCUGGGCAUCCGUCACGACAAAGCCUCCGCUACCAACGUUCUCAAGGCGACCGGAUUGCAGAUCAACCAGGCAUUUUGCACGACCAAUUCGACCCUUCGUUUCGAUCAAAUCGAACUGCCUUAUUCCCAAUUGGGUUGCACUAAUCAAAACAAAGAAAUCCUCAAAGAAGAUGGCGUCUGCGCCAAUGGGCGGGGCGUUCGAAUCCGCGUCGGCUGGAAUUUAGGCUCAGAUUUCAUCCCGUUGUACAACACGUGUCACGACAAAAUAACGUCGACCAACUAUUUCUCCACGCACACCAUUAUUGGACGAUCGGUCGAUGCGGAUGAUAAAGCAAACACGAGGCCAUCCUUCCGCGAAGCUGGAUAUUAUCCAGGUGUUGAUGUGAACGCUGCAUUUGGCCAAGCCCAACAGAACAAGACGAUCGCUCGUGUGGUCGGAUCGGAAACAUUAGUCGCCAAGUAUUUGAAUCAAAAGAAAAACUUUUUCUUGGCCAGAGGACAUCUAGCGCCAGAUGGAGAUUUCAUAGACGCUGGAAGCCAAGAUGCAACAUAUUAUUAUUUGAAUAUGGCGCCACAAUGGCAAUCGUUCAACGGCGGGAACUGGAACAUGUUAGAAACAGCGGUGAGGCAGAUCGCCAUAACGCGGGAUCUUGAUUUGACGGUGUACACGGGAACAUUCGGAAUUAUGACUUUGACCGAUGUGAAGGGAAAGCAACAGCCGAUGUACUUAACUUUCGACAAAAACAACAACGGCAUCAUCCCCGUGCCGAAGUAUUACUGGAAACUGAUUCACGAUCCUGCGUCCAAGACUGCGACGGCCGUCAUAGGUAUCAACAAUCCACAUCUCGAUCGGAUUGCGCCUGCCGAUAUCCUGUGUCCGGAUGUGUGUAAUCGAAUCCCGUGGGUGAAUUGGAAACUGACCGACAUAUCUAAAGGUUACAUGUUUUGUUGUACGGCCGAAGAGUUGCGUAAGGCGAUCCCGUUCGCUCCCGAUCUCGUUGCUCCAUUGUUUUUGUGAGAUUAGACUUGUCACGAGAUGGAGCUAGGAUCAAGUGCUUCAUUUGCAUCUUUCUUUUCUUUUUACCUACCAUGCAUUUAUUCAGAUUUCUAAAAGAGAAAACAAACUAGCAGUUGUUGUUCGCAAAUCCUGGUUGAUAGAAU